CUGGGGAACGGGUGCUUGUCGGGAGCCAGGUGUUUUCUGAGGCAGGGCCCUGCGGCGAGAAGCAGGAGUGGGUGGAUUCCUGUCAAAACCAAAGAACUCCAGUGCCGUCCUCGGCUGGAAGCGUCGCCUCUCAGCUCUGUGAGGGCUUCCGCUAAGGGCGAGGCGGCGGUGCGGGUGUUCGCCGCCCCGCUCCCUGGCGUUGCGUCCUUGAGGUUCACUGGCUGAAACCGCGGAGAACGGCCGCCUCCCACCAGAGGCCUGGGGAAGGAAGAGCGUUUGGUGUCAGUCAUGCCGCAGGCGUUGCCAGGCUCUCAUUUCUUGCUUUACCCUAGCGCUGAGGGGAGCGCGGCAGUCCUUUACGGGCGCAGUCCGGGUGGGAGGCAUCGCCCUUGGGGAGGGUCCCCCGCCCGCGCCGUCAGUGCCUGCCUGCGGAUGUACCGGCGGCGACGGUUUGUUUCAUCCCUCCGCGCCGCCAGGGGGCGCGCAGCCUCCUCUGCCCCUGUAGCGUCUGCGCGGCGGUUCGAAAGGGAUGGCGGCUGAGGCGGCAAGAGGCUGAGUGGGGAGCGGCUCCGCGCCCGUCUCUUCGUUCGGUGUUAUCUCCGGCUGUCUUUGCAGUAUGUCCUCAAAGGAGAGAGACUCCAGCGGUACGGCGGCAGGCGGAGAAGCGUCUAAGAAAAAGCAGAAAGGACAAGUCGUGAAGUCGCGCUACCUGCAGUACGAUAAGAAAGUCGACAAGAAGGAUAUUUCGAGGUCUCCUGUGAAACGAUCUGCAACUAAACCAAGAUCAGUUGUUCGUCAGAAAUGUGAAACUUCUGCUGGUGGUACCGCUAGCUCAUUUAAUCAAAGUAGUUUUGGGAACGGUAGCUUGCAGUCCACCUUACUAGGUGAAGAUAAAAGUAAUCGACCAGACCUUGAUCUUUCAGCUAUUAACCCUAAGCCUGUCUGUGAAAAGACUUGUGGCUCAGAAUCUUCUUACAAGAAAAAUGAAAGAACAGAUAAAAAAAAAGCAGUGGAUCUGACAGAAGAGCUGGAAUCUCAGACGCUGCUUUUGACUUACCUAAGAGUAAAGGCUGGAAAAAAUCUUGCCAAGCUGGAGAAAGAAAUGGAAGAAAACUUGUUGAAGUUGCAUGAAGAAAAGGAAAGACAACAAGAGAAGCUCUUCAAAUUAAAGCGUGAAAUUUUACUUAAAGAGAGAGAGCGGAAACUUGAUGAUGCAUUAGACAAACAGCUGGAGGUACUUCCGCGCCUUAUUCCUGUUUGUGAACAGUUGAAACAGCAAUAUAAAAGCUUUGCAGUUUCCCUGGAUGCCACUAGACAUGAAUUGCCCAUAAAGAAUAUUCACAUAGAAGGAGAUAUGAUAACAUACCUUGAUGAACUGCAAAAGCAGUUAACUAUCACACAGGAGCUUCUGACAGAAAUUAUGCCAAGCAACUCGGAAGAAAGUGCAAAAACAUGUGGUGUACUGAAAGAGCUUAAGGAAGUGUCUCAGAAACUGGAUAAAGAGCUUCAAAGGAGCUUCACACAAGUGGAGAACCUGUCGUUUGAAGUUAGUAAAGAAGUUUCUCUGCAUAACCAAAGCAUAUGUGAAGAAAAUCAUGGACUAGAUGUUGUGAAACGCUGGUACUUCAACUAAGUUUGUGUAUUGUUUGCUGACGGGUGGGUACUAAAUCAAUGUCAGCAGAGUUUUUAUCUUUUUAGUUCUUGUAUGAACAUAUGAGUUGUCCAAAUUUGCAGUUAUACCAGCAUAUGAAACCAGCAGCGUAUGUACUUACUAACAGAAUAAACGGAGUUUUGUUCUGCA